GCUUGACCGCUUGACCGCUUGACCGCUCUCUGCCUUCGCCUUGUCGCUCCCCCACCAUCACAUCGGGAUGCGGCCUACAUCAGCGUUGCUCCUCUCUGCGGCCAGCAAGGCAGCUGCACCCGCGUCGUCACGCUCCUAUACCAGGCACACAGUCGCAAAGGCGCUGAGCAUUGCCGCCUCCUCUUCUCCGCGUUCAUCACCACCGCCACGCUCAGCCCUCACGAAACCUGGGCGCAGUUACGCCUCCCACUCUCCCUCUUCCCUCUCCAGUCCUCCCCUCGUCCAAACGACAACCCUCCCGAACGGGGUGCGCGUGGCAACCGAGUCCACUCCUGGCCACUUCUCCGCCGUGGGAGUCUACGUAGAUGCAGGUUCACGAUUCGAAAGGCCAUGGGUUGCAGGGGAGAGUGGGGUGAGCCACUUGUUGGACCGGAUGGCAUUCAAGAGUACGAGCAAUAGGAGUAGCGAACAGAUGACCGGCGAGAUUGAGAAGCUGGGUGGGCAGGUGAUGUGCAGCAGUAGUAGGGAGACGAUCAUGUACCAGUCAAGCAUGUUCAAUCAGGACCUUCCCGCCGUACUCUCCAUCCUCGCCGAUACCAUUCAACACCCUCUUAUCCUCCCAGAGGAGCUCAACCAACAACGCGAGGCAGCCGCCUACGAGAUCAGCGAGAUCUGGAAUAAGCCGGAGAUGAUCCUUCCCGAGCUCCUACAUAUGACGGCGUACAAGAACAACACGCUGGGCAAUCCGCUGUUGUGUCCAAUGGAGUCACUCGAGCAGAUGACGGUGGAGAAUCUGCAGGGAUUCAUCAAGGAGUGGUACAAGCCGGAGCGCAUCGUUGUGGCUGGGGCGGGGAUGCCGCACGAGGAAUUGGUGGGAUUGACAGGGGAGCUCUUUGGCAAGGCGAGAGCACAAGAGACUGUGCUUGACAGCCCGAGUGCGAGUGCGAGUUCAGCGGGUUCGUCAUCAGGGCGAUCUUCCCGCUCCUCGUCCUCAGCAUCAUCCCUCUGGGCCUCGCCCUUCUCUACCACCGCAAAGACGCCAGCAUCCCACGCUCCAGGACAGCCAUCCCUCGCGGAGAUUGCCACCGCCAAGGCUCGCUAUACAGGUGGGGACCUCUAUUUGCCCCGUCCUGACCUCCCCUUCACGCACAUCUACAUCGCCUUUGAAGGGGUAAGCAUUCACGACGACGACAUCUACGCCCUCGCCGUCCUGCAGAUCCUCCUCGGCGGCGGCUCCUCCUUCUCCGCCGGCGGUCCGGGCAAAGGCAUGUACUCCCGCCUGUACAAUGUCCUGAACACGCAGCACGCCGUAGACUAUAUUGCGGCAUUCCUGCACAGCUACAACGACUCGGCCUUGUUCGGCAUCGCGGCCGCGUGCGAGCCGCGCUUCACGCCACAGAUAGCCAGCGUAAUCGCUCAGCAACUCGAGCUCUGCACGGGGGCAGGUGGGGGAAGACAUACCUUGACCGGGUCAGGGGGAGUGACUCGCGCCGAGCUAGCUCGUGCUCGCAACCAGCUCAAGAGCAGCUUGAUGAUGGCGCUUGAGAGUCGGUUGGUGGAAGUGGAAGACCUGGGUAGGCAGGUCCAGGUGCAUGGGACAAAGGUGGGGGUGGAAGAGAUGUGCGAGAAGAUCGAUCGGGUGGAUUUGGAGGUAUUGCAGCGCGUUGCGAGACGAGUGCUCAGGCCACAGCAGGCCGGAGGUGGGAAGAUGUUGAACCACGGCCUCGGGAGCGGGCAGACGACCGUCGUGGCCCAGGGACAUCUGGAGGGACUAGGGGACGUGAGGGAGAUGCUCUUCCGCCGAGGUCUGGGCGCCAAGCCAACGACGAUCGCGUAGCUGCGUGCGAGGUCGGCACUCUUGCCACUGUACUUGUAUCGAUUCACACGAGAGGAAGUAGAGUAGACACCAAUCCAUCAUCACUUUCAUACGCUC